AUGAGCAAGAGCGAACAGUUGAAAAUGAUCGAAACUUUGAAGAUUGAGCUGCAGAGGUUUGCCUUUCAUGCAAGCAAAGCCAAUACUCAUUUCAACAACAUCAGAGCGACAGAGCGUCUGAACAUCAUACAAGAAACGGCACUGCUAGACGCGGAAGAAGAAACUUUAAUACUUUCCAUUCAAGUUGAUAGGCUCAAGACAGAACUUGCAAAGAUCAAGAGCCGAGGAGUAGAUCUCGUGCAUCAACAACAGAUCCUUGAACUGCGGAAAGAUGAGCACGAGAAACUAAACCAACACGUCCAGGAUUUGAGAGAUGAAAUCGAGAGUUUGGAAGCUCAGAACUCAGCGUUGAGACAGAAUGCCUUCUCAGCUGGUCACGUUAAAGUGCACGCACGAGUGCUUGGAGGAAAAGUGCAGGAACUGAAUGAAGAAUUGGUAGACAUAAGAAAUCUAAUAGAAGUUGAUGGCGAGGAAUCGAUUGCUAGAUUGAAAGCGGCAGCAGCAAUGCGGUUGUUCUUCCCUGAGAAACAUCAUGACGAUGACGAGUUAUGUGAAAAGAACUCCCAACCAAAGAUGAACGACAAAUCAGCGUUGGAAGCUAAAAGACUGGCGCAGAGAUCUGGUACUCCCUUGUACCUGCGGAAGCAGGGGAGCUCAGAGUCGGAUGAGUCAACUGCCCUCAGCCAGGAAGUUCGUCGCCUCACUCUCGAAAACAACUGGCAACGCCGUGAAACGAAUAAAUUGAAAGAGAUGCUGAGGUUGCAGGAACCACUUGAACUGCACAGAAGCAGACUGUCAAAUAGAGAAUCGAAAGAAGAAGAGAAGCUCAGACAAGUCCACAUGAAGAAAGUGACUUACUUGCAAAGAAAGAUUCUCCAAGUCCAGGAUAGGAUUGAUCAAAUGAAGGAAGUGGUCACACAUUCGAGAUCUGACUCAACGAAGCAAAAAGGUCUCGGUAGAGCCAUCUUCGCCAUAGAUCUGCAGGGUCUUGAGAUAGACAGGCACUUGGAUUCGAUAAUGGACACAGCAGAUUUACUAUCUCCUCAGGAGCAACGAGAUGUUCCGGUGCUCCGACGAGGAGGCUGGAGAGGUCAAGUCACGCUUCUUGUACAGUUUGGAGAUCCUGUGAACGGGUGCAAUCCACAAGUGAAGAUGCGAAGAGACCUGGAGGUGGUGGUGGACGACAUGCUGAUUGAAUUCUUGUACUCCGAGAAGCUCCUCGUUCACUUGAUCAACGUCCAAGGCACGGACUUUGAAAUUAUCGCCAGUGGAGCGGUCUCCAUGAAUGAUUUCGUGUUCAAGGUUGGAAUCGCAGAAGUGUCUUACGACAAGCUGCCAUUACGGAAUGUGAAUGGAACGACCAUGGCAACUGUGAAUCUGAACGUGUCUUUGCUGGGAGACAUCUCAAGAAUGGCGUCUCAGUUUCAAGCCUCUCUGUCUUCGUCCCCCACCAUCAAACAAAGCAAGAUCAAAUCAGUUGUGGGACUGGAAUCACGGUCCGUCUCGUUUGACAAAUCCAAGUUUGGAGCGGUGCAAAGAAAAGUUUCCGUCAUGUUCCAAGUCCUUGAUUUCCCGGUUGCUGAGACGAGAACGGUCCCAAUCAUCGAAGGGUCGAAGAGCUCUUCCUUCGAUGACGAAACAAAAUCUUUUCCCAUCCCUACAGAUUCAAGUUGGAACCAGAGGACAUGUGGAAUUCUUUGUGCUGGACAAUUCAGGCAAGUCGGAAUCUGCUGCAGUUGCGGCUGUGACUGGAGUACAGAGUUUGUAAGCGACGACUACAUCGGCUCUUGUCGAUUGAGUCUCGCUCCGCUCUUCUCCAAGCGAGGGCUGCACUCGGACCUCAAGAUUCGAGACUCUCAUAGCCAACGGGGAGUUCUGGAGGUGGAGGUGUCUUGGGAGGAAGAGCCGCUACAUGCUGGUGAACAAUCCAGAAGGUUGUCCAAGGCGACAUUCUUGCAUGCAAUCUGCUUUCCUACACAUGCUGUGGGAGACAAAAGGGAGUGUCCUAUCUGCAAACAAGGGAAGAGAGAGGCAGUCGCUGAGAGGACGUCGGAUCUCUCGGGCGAUGCUCUAUCGCUGCAUAUCAGACAGGUCAAGUGCAUGGACGCGCUUCUGAGAGAGGACUCGAUUAAAGAGCUUGCCUUGCGGGUCCUCUGCCUCCGAGGGAAGCUCGAUAAGGUGGACUCGGAACCCUUUGACAACAGGCAGAAGGACGUCGGCGAGUUCUUGUCUCACUCUGCUCGCAGCAAUGUGGCUGGAGGGUUCGUAGCCGUCGGGAAGACCUGGGGAAGCUCGGAGAAGGAGAGGCUGAGGUUGCUGUGUCCUCCGCCCGCCUGUUGUUCACCCAUCGACUCCCGCAGCAUGAAGAAGAUGCUGCAGGAGGAGAGAAGCAUGGAAGAGCAGGUGGCAUCGCCAGGCGUGAGGCCAAGCAACGAAGAAGCUGAUGUUUCCUUGUAGUUGAUCGAAGUCCAGCUGAUCAGACACUCAAGCCCCAUGCCUGACAGCCUCCAACCGGAGCAGCUCCUGGUAGUUGAUCCAUGUCUCCCCUCGCUCAUAUUUCUCAUCUCAUCUCUCUGGCUCCUCCCAUUCCUCUUCUCAGGCUUUCCAUCGCUUCUCUCUCGCCGACAUCGCCUCUCACGACCUUGGCGAUCUGACCGUCAAGUUCUUCUCCUCCGCCGCCAUCGGUCGGGUCGUGUGGAGGUUGUCGGGUCGCGCUGACUGCUGGUCAGGCCGGUGGAAGGAGGGUGAGCAUCUGCUGGAGGCGAAGGUGGACAUCGUGGGAAAGAAAUUCUUGAAUUAUCUAAAGAGCUAAAGGAC